UAUAGUUAAUACUUUAUUAGCAUAGUUAGUGUAGUUAGUAGUAGUUAGUGCUGUUGGCACAGUUAGCAUAGUUAGCGUUGUUAGUUAGGAUAGUUAGCAUUGCUAGUUAGUGCUGUCAGUCAGUGUAGUUAGGUCACAAGUAUGCAGGGCCUCACAGCCAACUGUGCUGACAAGGAGGCUCAUAUUGAUGAUUAUGAGAUCCUCCACACCAUUGGCGAAGGCAGCUUUGCUAAAGUGAAGCUGGCCCGGCACAUUCUGACCGGGAGACAGGUGGCUGUAAAGGUCAUUAAAAAGAGUCGUCGGAGCUUCUCAACUUUCCAGCAGCGACUUUUCCGGGAAGUGCACAGUAUGAAGGCUCUGAAUCACCCCAAUAUUGUAAAACUGCUGGGGGUGAUUGACACGAAGAAGACAAUGUUCUUAAUAAUGGAGUACCUCAGUGGUGGGGACAUGUACACCUACUUGAACAUACAUGGCCGUAUGACAGAGGCACAGGCCCGAGGCCCGUUCCAGCAGCUGGUCUCUGCUCUGCAACACUGCCACCAGAGGGGCAUCGUGCACCGGGACCUGAAGCCACCGAACCUCCUCUUUGAUGCCAACAUGAAUAUAAAACUCAGACUUUGGCUUCAGCAACAAGUGUGAUGACAGCAGGAAACUGGACACGUUCUGCGGCACAGUCGCGUAUGCUGCCCCGGAACUCUUGCUGGGGCAGAGGUACAGCGGCCCUGCGGCGGACGUGUGGAGCCUGGGAGUAGUGUUCUACAACAUGGUAACUGGGUCCAGUCCCUUUGUGGGAAAAGACAUGCAGGAGCUGCGGAAGCAAAUCUUAAAAGGGCAAU